AUGACGCCCCGGCGGCUCAACGUCCUCGUCUAUACGGGUACGGGGACUACGUCUGAAUCGGUCCGGCAGUGCAUGUACUCCCUCCGGCGCCUUCUUUCGCCCAACUACGCCAUCAUCCCCGUCUCAGAAUCGGUCAUUCUCAAGGAACCAUGGGCUCCCACUUGCGCGCUCCUCGUCAUCCCCGGCGGCGCAGAUCUGGGCUACUGCAGAGUUCUCAAUGGCGAAGGGAACCGCCGCAUUGGCGAGUUUGUUCGCCGUGGCGGCGCGUAUCUGGGCCUCUGUGCUGGUGGAUACUACGGGAGCAGUAAGUGUGAGUUUGAAAUAGGGAACAAGCCGCUUGAGGUUAUUGGAAGCAGGGAGUUGGGUUUUUAUCCCGGAACCUGUCGGGGAGGCGCAUUCAAGGGAUUUGAGUACCGCAGCGAAAAGGGUGCGCGUGCUGCCGUCCUGAAGGUCGCAACUGGGGCGUUCAAGAACGGCCUGCCGGAGACAUUUUCUUCUUAUUAUAACGGAGGCGGUGUUUUCGUGGACGUGGGUAAAGUGACGGGACGCAAGGUGGAAGUUUUGGCGUCCUAUGCGGAAGACUUGGACGUGGAUGGCGGCGAUGGCAAAGCUGCUCUGGUGUUAUGUCAUAUUGGAGACGGCAAAGCUCUGCUGUCCGGUCCUCAUCCCGAAUUUGCUCCUGUAAACCUCUCUCCGCAACCUACGAUCCCAGGAUACGACGACCUUAUCAACAAGCUCCAAGAAGAUGACGAUAAAAGAUUCAGCUUCUUAAAAGCCUGCCUGGAAAAACUCGGUCUCGAAGUAAGCGCCGAAAAUGCAACACUGCCCACGCUCUCCAGCAUCCACCUGUCUGCCGUCGACAACUCCCAAGUCUCGGAGCUGCUCUAUGCCUGGGCCGAAGUCAUUGACAAGGAGAAUGGAGAGGAGUUCAUCGCAGGUGAAGCGGACAGGUUUUGCAUUCAAAGCGACCAGGAUGGACUCACGUUGGAAGACCUGCAGCGGUCCCUGCCAGCGGCGGAUGAGCAUCCUGCACGCGAGACCGGCAUUAUCGACUACAGCACUAUCACAAAGCGUGUCAUUGCUCAUGAAAAAGCGCUGCCGACUACAGAAAUGACUCCUCGUUUCGACCAUAAGCUUUACUUCUCGAGUCUCCGGAGAUUCCAGGUGAAGGAGGACGGCGCCGAAGAUUGGGGCAACAUCCUCAUGUACGGCGAUGUGGUCACGAGCACCAACUCCUUGCUAGAAAAGAACCCGAAAUUGAUCUCCAAGCUCCCAACCGGCUUCACAUUCUCUGCAGCAACCCAAGUUGCUGGCCGUGGCCGUGGGACCAACGUCUGGGUCGCGCCCCCAGGAGGACUCAUGUUCUCGACAAUCAUAAACCACCCUGCCCACCUAGCCGCUUCCAGACCCGUAGUAUUCAUCCAGUACAUAGCUGCUAUUGCCAUCGUGGAGGCCAUCCAGUCAUACGGUGUUGGCUAUGAGAACCUCCCCAUCAAGCUCAAAUGGCCAAACGACAUUUAUGCCCUCGACCCCACAAAACCAGCAUCGUCAAAAACAUACGUCAAAAUCGGUGGCAUCCUCUCCCAAUGCGGCUACUGCGACGGCUCAUACCAAAUCGUUCUCGGAAUCGGCAUCAACGCCAUCAAUCCUCGUCCCACCACCUCCAUCUCCGAUCUCCUACCCGCGAAUGCGUCUCCUCUCCAUUUGGAAUCCUUGCUGGCGAGAAUAGUAACUCGCCUCGAGUCCAUCCACGCGCAGUUCCGCCGCCAAGGCUUUUCCGAAAACCUGGAGCAAAGAUACUACCGGCACUGGCUGCACACGGGGCAGGCCAUUUCGCUCGAGGCGGAGGGUGGCGUGAGAGCAAGAGUGCUGGGCAUCACGAGGGAUUGGGGCAUGUUGAGGGCUGAGGAGACGGACGCGGAGGGACGGGGGACGGGCAAGAUAUGGACGCUGCAGAGCGAUGAGAAUAGCUUUGAUUUCUGGAAGGGCCUGGUGAGGAGGAAGCAGUAA